CAACCCAGCAGCUCAGCCAGUGGCACCAGACAAAGGGUAUCAUACAUCAAAUGACAUGAAACCACCCAAGAAAUACCGACUGCGUCCCUGCCUCAUGGAGAACCUUCUCUAGAGGUGACGGGAAUGCAGGCAGGCGUGGCAAAAACGGCGAUCCAGAUGAAAGGCAGGACCUGACGAAUCCACCUCUAGCCUGGUGAAACAUGGAGAGGAAAAACCCACCCAGAGAGAGCCCCAGAAGACUCUCGACCAAACUGGGCAAAGGCACAGAGAUGAAGAAAGUGGCUCGUCAACUUGGUGUGGCAGCUGCUGAGUCAGAUAAGGACUCUGGAUUUUCAGAUGGGAGCUCAGAAUGUCUGAGCUCGGCAGAGCAGAUGGAGUCCGAGGACAUGCUGAGCGCCUUAGGCUGGAGCCGGGAAGACAGGCCAAGGCAGAACUCCAAGACCACAGGCAGUGCCUUCCCGGCGCUGUCCCCGAUGGUUGUCAUGAAGAACGUGCUGGUCAAACAGGGCAGCAGCUCGUCGCAGCUCCAGUCGUGGACCGUGCAGCCCUCCUUCGAGGUGAUCUCCGCUCAGCCGCAGCUGCUGUUCCUUCAUCCGCCCGCACCCGCACCCGCCAGCCCGUGUCCCACCGGCGAGAAGAAGUCGGACUCCAGGAACUACUUGCCCAUUCUAAAUUCUUACACCAAAAUAGCCCCCCACCCGGGCAAAAGGGGCCUUUCCCUCAGCCCAGAAGAAAGAAGGGAAGGCGGGGUACAGAAGAAAGUCUGCACAGAAAGACUUGGGCCGAGCUUGGCUUCCAGUGAGCCCGGCAAGCCCGGGGCCAUGCCGCCCAGGCCCCCCGCGCCGGCGCCCCCGGGCGCCAAGCUCGCAGAGGACUCCGCCCCGCAGGGGGUGCCCUCCCUGGUGGCCGGCGGGAGCCCGCAGACUCUGCAGCCCGUGUCCAGCAGCCAUGUGGCCAAAGCCCCCAGCCUGACCUUCGCCUCCCCCGCCAGCCCCGUCUGCGCGGCGGACAGCACCCUGCACGGCCUGGAGAGCAGCGCCCCACUGUCACCGCUGUCGGCCAGCUGCAGCUCGCCCCUGUGGGCCGCCGAGCACCUGUGCCGCAGCCCCGAUCUCUUCGCGGAGCAGCGGCGGAGCAAGCACAGGCGCUUCCAGAACACGCUGGUGGUCCUACACAAGUCCGGCCUGCUGGAGAUCACUCUGAAAACCAAGGAGUUGAUCCGCCAGAACCAGGCGACUCAGGCGGAGCUAGACCAGCUGAAGGAGCAGACCCAGCUGUUCAUCGAGGCUGCCAAGAGCAGGGCUCCUCAGGCCUGGGCCAAGCUGCAGGCCUCCUUGACCUCGGGGGCCAGUCGGGCCGGCAGCGACCUGGAGGCGUUCUCCGACCACCCAGACCUGUAACACAAAAGGCACGUUUCCCUGUUACUUGAGCAGUUCUUUUGAAUUCUCUUGCGGUUUCUGCACCUGUUUCCCAGAGCUUCUGUCAGAGCUUUUCCUUCUAAACUUAAACCGUUUGGCAGUUCACUUAUGAAGCCACAUGCCAGUACCUGACUGUUGUCUUAACCUGUGGUAUGUGCACAGUUUACACAUGUCUCUGUUUCUCUGAGGACCUUGGGUGCGGAAUGUCCUCGGGUGCCCCUUUCCUUAGCUUGCAGGUUCACAGCUGGUUCACGGGGCAGAGCGGGCGAGCUGGUUGUGUGGGGCUCUCCUGGCUGUCACCACCUCCCACCAUCCCACUCACUCACUGUGAUCAAGGGCACAGUGACAGGGAUGAGCCCACAGAGUGACAUCUGUCAAGCAAGGGAGUAGGUGACAUAAGGAUCCCUUUGUGGAUCUUCUCGUGGCUGGCGUGUUCACAGAGAAAAAAACAGGGUGUGCCUGUGUUCUGCAGGGCAUCGUGCCAUUUGGGUGACAACUCAUGCCACGGGCACAGGUCGGGCCACGGGUGCAGGCGCUUAAUCCUGUGAAGCUAUGUCUUCCUCCACUGGAAUGUCAGGGGGAGAGGAGGGUAGCACCAUUGAACUCUUACACUUUAGUCGCAAGCCAGAUUUCUCUUCACUUAAACUGGUAGGCAAAAUACUUCAGAUUUUUAAAGUAUGAAAUGGAUUCGGUACCAUCUGGAAUUACAAUUGCUGAAUUGGUUAUUUUAUUUAUUUAUUUUUUUGACUUACACUCUGAAGAAAGUAGACAUGGCCAGCAUCUCUUGCUUGGGAGCUGGAAGAUUCUGGAAAUUUAUGCUUCCCGCCCCCCUCCCCCUCUUUUGAAACAGUGGACCUGUUGUAUGGUGAACAUCUCCCAGAUAGCUUCGAGACUCCUGAGAACGGAUGUGAAUUAACCCCUCUGCUGCCACUUUUUUUUCCUUUUGUUUUUGUCAAACAGGAAAGAAAUGAUUACUAAGCUUAGUAAACUUUGAAUUAGAACCACCCUGAGGUUAUGAUGUAGAAGUCCCCAAAACAUUGGAAACCAUUCUUCAUACUGAUUUUCUUUCCAUAUCCAAAGUUUUUGUUUGUCUUAUGUCACAGUGACAUGGGCGUGGCACAGAGCCUUCCCAAGUCACCUUCGUGUGUUGGAUGUCAGUGUCGGCAGCAAAGCCAGAGGUCUGGUGUUGGUUAUCUGAGGUUCACCUGGAAAUGGAGGGUGUGAUAUGAAUUUCCAGAUGGUCCCGAUUCUUUCGGCUUUGUGCUAAAGGUACCCGGGAUUUCUAAGUAGUACCAUUUCAGACUUUCUACCCACUCAUCUAAAAAUGUCAUCCUCUUGAAAGUCUAUGUACAAAUUACCUUAAGUUCUGUAUGGCCAGCUUCGUCUCUUCUACAUUGAAAAUAUUCUUGAGUGCUCGCUUCGGCAGCACAUAUACUAAAAAUGUUCUUGAAGUUUUACCAAGGCCAGAAGCAAACACUCACAUUUACCUGGUGGCUGUUAACUGUAACAUAGUUUUUAAAUCACAAGGCCUCCAACUGCCCAUACUUUGUUGUCAAACAUGUACGGCUGAGAUAUGACUGACCCAUUUAGAAAUGGCUUAGUAAAAUCUCGGCAGUCUCCUGAUCAGUGCAGAAUUGCUACCUGCCAUUUA